UGUUUCUUUGUGCCUCGAGGGCCUUUACUUCUCAUUCAAGACUCUUACCUUCAAGUCUUUCACUAUCAUCCUGCAGAGCAGAAUUACCAUUCGUUCAUUUUCUUCUGUUCUUAUCCAACUCUCCUUUUUUUUUUUUCCUUUUUUUUUCCGCAUCCCAUAAACUCAGCCCAACAUGCUCUUCACCUUCUCCGCCGCAGUCGCAGCCUAUGCGGCACUAACGUCGGCCGCCACCUUGAAACACUUGCCUCGUACAGUCACGUCGCUUAACGGAGAGGCGACCGUCGAGGCGCAUCAGCGGGACAACAGUGCCACCCGGGCCUUUUCCACCGUGCAGAUCAAGACAUCAGAUGGCAAGUGUCUGUCCGUCGACAAGUUCUCGGGCGACUUCCGCGCCAACCUCACCCCGAUCCAGGUCUCCGAGUGCGGAAGCACAGACGGCCAGGGUUGGGACGUCAUCACCAAAGGGGUGCACAACGACGUGUCCGGGUCGGCGCUCGUCGUCAGCACCCUGACGCAGGCCUGCUUCAACUUUGACCCCCGCCGCAAGGCCGGCAACCAGGCGCUGCUGUUUUCGUGCGGUGGCCGCGCCGACGGCAGCGGCAAGGUAACCAACUCGCAGUUGUUUCCGUUUUCCGGUGGCGUCGGCCCGCUCACGUUCCGCCCCGACAAUUCUCCAGACACGUGCUUCACGGUGAAGGGAGAUGUUAUCGACGUCGCGCCCUGUCAGAGUGGAGAUGCCAGCCAGACCUUCACUCUGAGCGGCGGCACGGCUAGCGGCAGCAACAACAACAACAACAACAACACGGGAGCUGGCAGCGUUGAGGUGGCAAAGCCCAUCGCGAGCAAGACCGGCACCGCAAACGCGAAACCCACCCAAAGUCCGGCGACGGAGCAGCCGGCAGCAGCGCCAACGGCUGCCCCAGAAAGUGGCAGUGGGAACGGCAACGCGGUCGUGGCCAUCCCCAACCCGACGUCUGCCGUGCCCGUCUCGCGAGCAGGUGGAACCCUCAACCCGACCGCGGCUGCAGAGGCGAACGAGCGGGACGACACGGCGACGCGAGCCUUCACGGGGGUCUCCAUCCAGACGUCCGGCGGCAAGUGUCUGUUUGUGGACCCAACGGCCGGCGACUUCCGACAGAACCUGAUCCCCGUCUCCCUGGUGGACUGCUCCGGAACCCCCAACGAAAAGUUUGAUCUGAUCACGGCUGGCAAGCACAACGACGCCAAGGGGGCCGCACUUCUGGUCAGCAGCCUGACUAACGGCUGCGUCUCCCCAGACACGAGGAGGCAGCCCGGUGACACGGUGACGGUGUUUAGCUGUGGCGGAAGGGCAGCUGGCGAGGGUAAGACCAACGCGGGGCAGACUUUCCCCUUCAAUGCGACGCAGACGUCCUUUGAAUUCGCCCCCAGGAGUGAUAACGGAAAGCUGUGUGUCAUUCCAGGCAAUGGCAGGCUUGAGGCGGGACCGUGCCCAACUGAUGGGAGCCAGAUCUUCAAAAUCAUCCAGUAA